GUAAGUGCAACGUGAUAUUCAAAAUGGCGGCGUCCAGAAGAAAACAAAUGUGGCGAAAAUUAAAGAAACAUUUAACUGUUGGAAAUCUGUUUAAAUAUGUUUUCGACGCAAAUUAUAUUAAUCCUGUAAUGUUUCUACUCUUACUUGCCGAGGUUAUUGUAUGUGUGGCUGUUAUUAACAAAAUAAAAUAUACUGAGAUAGAUUGGGUUGCCUAUAUGCAAGAAGUGGAAGGGUUCAUCAAUGGCACACGUGAUUAUACACAGCUUAAAGGAGACACUGGACCGUUAGUGUAUCCUGCUGGGUUCGUGUACAUCUUCACUGGACUCUAUCACCUGACUGACCAUGGGGCCAACAUCCGCCUGGCGCAAUACUGUUUUGCUGCCCUCUAUAUUUUGACUCUGUUAGUUGUUUUCGACAUCUACCGGAAAGUUAGAAAGGUACCCCCGUUUGUGUUUUUCUUCAUGUGCUGUGCAUCCUAUAGAAUACACUCCAUCUACAUCCUGCGAAUGUUCAAUGAUCCAGUCGCCAUGUUCUUGCUCUAUGUGGCUGUCGACUUGUUCCUGAAUAAUCGAUGGUCGCUAGGCUGCCUCUUGUUCAGUCUGGCAGUAUCGGUGAAGAUGAAUAUUCUGCUAUUUGCCCCGGGCCUGUUAUAUUUGCUGCUUGUUACCCAGGGAACAAUUGGUACUGUGAAAAACCUCAUCAUAUGCGCAAUACCACAGAUUGUCUUGGCAAUUCCUUUUCUUCAAGAGAAUCCACAUGGGUACAUCAACAUGUCCUUUAAUCUAGGCAGGCAAUUUUUCUACAAGUGGACAGUCAACUGGAGGCUGGUUCCGGAGGACAUUUUUCUCAACAGACAUUUCCAGAUAGUUCUGCUUUUAGCCCACAUUACAGUGUUAAUAGCAUUUGCGGCUUUUAAGUGGAAGAGGUAUUUGCCAGUAUUAAAUUUAAGUCUUUCAAAGCCAGAUGUUCCGCAGCUGAAACCAGAUCAGAUCUUAUUACCCCUAUUCACAUCCAACUUUAUCGGGAUGUGUUUUAGUCGGUCACUGCAUUAUCAGUUUUAUGUGUGGUAUUUUCACACGCUGCAUUACCUUCUCUGGACAACAAAUCUGCAACAAAUUGUCAGAAUCCUUAUACUAGGUGUGAUAGAGUUGUGCUGGAACACGUAUCCCUCCACUGUGACAAGUAGUUCCUUUCUCCAUGUAUGUCAUCUGGCUGUGCUUUUUGGACUUUGGUUUUCACCAGAAUAUACACCACUCAGGAGAGUUACAACGGCGCAGAAGAUCGACUAAAAUAUUACUUUUGAUAUGUGACAAAUAUGUAUUGUUUAACUUUGGGGGAGAGGGGGCGAAAGGGGGAUAUGGGAGCCGGGAGGUAUAGCAGUAUAGCACCCUGAGGAUAAAAUUACACCCCUUAAUCAGGGAGGUAAAAUUUUGUCAAAAAUAUCAGGCUUUGUGUAUACUCCGGGCAUAACAAACUCUGGGCAAAAGUUGUCUUGUUCAUUGCCUUCAAGACAGUCUCUAGGGGUCAAGCAACUGUAACAUUCAUCAAACAUCAUCUGAUGUGGCUUUUUCCACCCAUCCCCCCCCCCCCCCUGUAUGUGCGCGAAUUGUACAUAAAUACGCAACUUUUGAUGAUUAAUUUGUUACUAGAUUCUUGUGCAAUUGUGUAUAUACAUUUAUUAUAAAGGAGUGUAAGAAAAGAAAGAUUUGCUUUCGACUGUUUGAUGAUUUUAAUCAGUUAAUGAUUACCAGGGGUAUACCAGUUUUAUGCAGGGGCUACUGAUAUAUUUAGUGCAAUGUUGCAGACGGUUUUAGUAUGCUAGUGGUUACUGUGUAACAGUAUUAUGGGAUAUGAAAUGUUUGUUUUUAAAAUGCAGUUUUCUUGUGAACAAUUCAUAAUUGCUGGGGAAUCUUAACAAAUAUUUUUUUGAUAUCCUACAUUAUAUAUUGUGACAAGUUCUGUAAGGGAGCUGGUCAAUCUGUAACUAAAGUAUUAUUCAACUUAAUUAUGUAUUGGUUUGUGAAACAAACCAAAGUCUAUUCUUGAACAAUGACUAAUGCUACUCUAAAUUGUAAUUGCUAAUCAUACUCUAAAACUUAAAUUGAAAUAUAUCAUGUUUCGACUAUCAAGACUAGCAUAAGCAAUUAUUAUUAUUCACUUAGAUAAAAUCCUGAUCAGUCACUAAACACUCCUUCAAUAUGUAACUUCUAGUCAAACUUUAAAACUCUGAAUGAAAUCUUGGUUGUUUCUACCAUGGAGGCAGUCAAUCCGCUACCCGAUUUUCUGCACUAGACAAAUUACUUUAGUAUAUAAAUUAAAUAUUUAUUGGUUUGAAAAACUGUAUGUCUAUUAAGCUACUGUUGUGAAUGUUUAUACCUGUAGUUUAUGGUUUGAAGUGCUAUAGUUUUGAAAUGAAAAUGAGCAAACAGCAGCUUAGUUCUACAAUUCUGCAUGUAUGUUAUUUUGUCAUGACCAUCGUUGCCAAUCAUUGCCAUUUAGAGGUAUCAAAUAAAAGAGAGA